CUGUUAAACAGGCCAUUGAGUGGCAGGUUAGAACUUACUGGCUCCUGGGAGCCCUGGGUAUCAGCAUUCAAGAUCCAUGGUCCCUGACACCUAGGUGGCUAAGUCCCAUUUUUAGGCACCACUGCGAUCCACAAAACACCUGCUUGGCUUCCGCCUAACUUUGUAGGUGUCUAAAGUCACUCAGGACCUACGUUUUUGCAGUGAAAGUUCCCUAUGCAUCUAUGUUUCUGCCUCUGCCUCUCUCUAGGCCAGUGGUCUCCAAACUUUUUGGCUUGCGCACUCCCAAGGUGAAGACCGGAAGGCCUGCCACAGAUGCGCCACCGACGGAAGAAGAACAGAAGACUUACUGCAGGCAGGCUGCCAGAGGGGAACACCAGCCGUGGACUUGCAGAGCUGCUGCCGAAGAAAAAAAACAGUGGAGUGCUGUCCGGCGGUGCUCCUGCUGCCACACACCCCCUGGGAUCAUCUUGCACCCCAGUUUGGAGACCACUGUUCUAGGCACCCAGACACCUAUCUCCCAGGCCCAGAUCAAUACACAAACUGGGGAAAGAUAGAACCUUGGAUGCACCUGUGUGUGUGGAGGCAAGAGCAGAGUCAGUAGGCAUGCUCAGAGCCUGCUUAACUCUGCACAAAACAGCCAGAUGUGGUAGGACCUCCCUUAUAACACAGUAGUUGGGGUAUACCCAGGCUGUGGGAGACCCCUCUUGUUCAAGUCCCACUUUGCCUGCUGAGAAGGGAUUUGUCAGGUGCAUGCCCUACCAAAUCAGCUAUGGGAUAUUCUGAUGUAGGUCUUAAUUCUAAUUCAAUUAAAUCAUUGAAUAAUUAAAUACUAAUUGGGCCAGAAAAAAAAUCAGAAUGACUCUGUAGCCCAGUGGUUAGGGCACUUAUCUGAAAAGUGGCAGAAUGCUGUUCAAGGCCUCCUCUGCCUGAUGAGGAUUUGAACUGGGAGUCUCCCACAUCCUGGGAAAAUACCUAACCACUGGGCUAAAGGCCAGAAGUGAGUGGUGCCCUCCUGGCUGUUUUGUAUGGAGUUAGGCAGCCCCUGAGCACGCAUGGCUACUGGAUUGGGCCCUCCCCCCCCAGCAACUUAGAUGGCUAUCUCUGCUUGGGAUUUGUAUAUCUCAAGCAGAGAUAGGUGCCUCUCUACAAGCUGGACUUAGGUGCCUAUCUCUGUCAGAGAGGCGGCGCCUAGGACAUACCCCUCUGCUGGGCAUCUCUCAUUAGGCAGCUCCCCCUCCCCCCCGCAGUGUGCUGGCUUUUGUGGAUCUCAUUCUAAGUUGUUCUCUCCCCAUUCAUUGUAUGGGUGCCUAGGUUCCUAACUCAGGCUCUGUGGAUGGCAGUAUUGUUCCUGUGAUUUGCUAGGUGCUUAAAAGUUAGGUGCAGUGACACUCAGCAUCACAAUGCUUAAUUAGAUUACAGUGUAAACAGAUUUCAGAGUAGCAGCCGUGUAUCCACAAAAAGAAAAGAAGUACUUGUGGCACCUUAGAGACUAACAUUUAUUUGAGCAUGAGCUUUCGCUGUAGCUCACAAAAGCUUAUGCUCAAAUAAAUUUGUUAGUCUCUAGUGUAAACAGAGUAAUUAAAACAUUGGCAGCUGGUCUACACAUGGAAAUGCGCAGAUCAGAGUGCCAGUUUCCUCAUCACUAUUCCACAAAAUAAACAGUCAAUAGCCCACUGGUAUUGUGCAUGGUACACUGUAUAACAUGUACUAUACAUUUUGAUAUUUCCAUCUCUUAUGGUCUGACCCCAUUAGGGAUUGUGCAUUUUAGAAGACCAGGCCUCUAAAUUUGAGGAACGCUGCUUGUACUGCUUCAAGAAAAUAUAUUAAUGGGACUCUGUCCUUUUAAAAUGAUCAUAACAUUCAUGCAAUAAGGAUUUAAAUACAAGGUUAAAAAAAAAACCUACAUGCUCCCAGCAGUUAACUUCGCCAAUCAGAAGUUUGCCCAAGCUGACCUCAGUUAAGACGGUGGAAUCUGCAGGAACAGCUUUCUGGCACUGAACAGAGUGUGAAAACAUAUCCUGGAAAGUGGCUCAAAAAAAUGAAAGAGACCAGUUGAAAGUCUGAGCAUGAAACUAGUUAUGUAUGAAGUGAAGGAUUUCACUUGAAUGUAUGAAUGUGUGUGUGCGUUUUUGCAUGUGCUGAGGAAAGAAGGAUUUGCAGAGGAGACAAGGGAGAGCUUUGUGUACAGUGCUCACUCUGACACAGCUCAGCCUGUUCUAUCUCUCUCUUUCACUUCUGACUCUUCAGGAACAUGCAGUGGCUCCUCAUUCCCACUCUCCUCACCAUCAUUUAUAUGCAACAGAGCACAAGGCAAUGGACAACUAGAAGUGAAGCCUGGGGAAAAAUCUGCAGAAGCCAGUGAGGUACAUCAGCGUAAAGAAUUUUGUCACUGGCCAUGCAAAUGCCCCCAUGUGCCAACCUGCACCCCUGGAGUGAGCCUGGUAAAGGAUGGUUGUGGAUGUUGUAAAAUCUGUGCCAAGCAGGCCGGAGAGAUCUGUAAUGAAGCAGAUACCUGUGACCCUCACAAAGGGCUUUACUGUGAUUACUCUGCAGACAGGCCUAGGUAUGAAACAGGAAUAUGUGCAUAUAUGAUAGCAGUAGGAUGUGAGCUCAAUGGAGUCUAUUAUGUCAAUGGCCAGGCCUUCCAGCCUACCCCACUUUAUAAGUGUCUCUGUGUUAGUGGUGCAAUUGGAUGUACACCUGUGUUCACCUCAAAGGCAGCAGCAAAUCAGUGUGUCAUGGUCAAGGGCAGAAAAAAGUCUGGAUAUUCCAACUGUGGCCCUGGACAACAGAAACAGCUACAAUCAACAGGCUACAGAUUAAUGUCAGUUUACAGAAGUCUACCACUUGUUUUGAAGGAGAAGUGCUUAGUACAGGCAACUUCUUGGACACCUUGUUCCAGAACCUGUGGCAUAGGUAUAUCCAACAGAGUGACCAAUGAAAACAGUAAAUGUGAAAUGAGAAAAGAAGAGAGGCUGUGUUUCAUUCAACCUUGUCAGAUCAAUAUAUUGAAGACUAUAAAGAUUCCAAAAGGAAAAACAUGUCAGCCAACAUUCCAGCCUCCCAAAGCAGAGAAGCUAGCCUUUUCUGGAUGCUCAAGCACACAAAGCUACAAACCUACUUUCUGUGGUGUGUGUCUGGACAAGAGAUGUUGCAUACCUAACAAAUCCAAAAUGAUCAUUGUAAAGUUUGACUGCCCCAAAGAAGGCUCCUUUAAGUGGAAGAUGAUGUGGAUCACAUCUUGUGUUUGUCAGAGGAUUUGUAGUGAUCCAGGAGAUAUAUUUUCUGGACUCAAGUUAUUAUAACUUACACCAUGGACAGCAGUGCAUCAUCAGGAUGGCAGCAUGCUCAUAGUUUGAAGAGUUAGCUAAAGAGAAGACCCUUCCACUGAAACCAAACUUGUUGGCAUUCUUCUGUUAAAUACCCUGAGAACAUGGUUUAAGAACAUCUAUGUAUGUAAAACAAUUGAGGUACAAGUCUAGCUAACAUAGGGGCAAUCAUGGAGGGAAAACUUUUGUAAUUUAAAAAAAUUCCACAGGAAUGCAGAGGUGAAUUUGUUCCAUAUAUACACAAAAAACUCCUAGAAAUAGGCGUCUUCCUUCAUCUUCAGCAAACAUGUAGGUUUAAAUUAAACAUCCAAAUAACUUAGUAGAAAAAGGAAUCUUAACUUUUUUUGCUGUAAUAUCUGAUCUAUCAUUCUUGAUCCAAGACGGAUAUUCUUACAGCUACACUGACACACCAUUAGAAAAAAAGAUUGAUCUUUUGUGAGUUAGAAAAAAAAAUUACAUAUUGUAACAUACAACUACAAAUAAAUUUUAAGCUCAGUUUGGUUUGUUCACCAAUUCUUAUAUUUUACAUUUCUCCAAAUGCAGUGAAUAAGAAACAUUAUAUUUGCACAGGUACAAAUGAAAACAUUUGUCAAGGUAUAGGUUAGUUCACUUCAUCCCCAGUGAACCAUUUUUCUAGGUUUUAAUUUUAAAUGUAUACAAUUUGCCAUUUCAUUAUUUUCCCCCACACGACAUGCUAACAAAAACAAAAACAAACACUACGUAUACAGUGAAAAGUAACCUAGUGAUCUUAUAUUGGUCUCGCUUUCAUUUCUGUUCUCUCUUCAUGCUAUUUUGUAUCUUAUUUAACCUAGACUGCAAGAUCCUUUGAGUAGGGACCAUGGGUGAAGUCCUGGUCUCACUGAAGUCUAUGGCAAAACUCCCGGUGACUUCAACCGGGAUAGGAUUUUACCCUAUGUUUUUUGUCUAAGUGCCAAGCACAUUUAUAGUGUUCUAUGGGUAAGUUGUUUCACCGGAGUGACUUUCAAAAUGCUUUCAACCUAAUAAGAAUUGCCUCAACAAAUAUUUGUCUUGUGUAUUUCUGGCCUCAUACACUGAAAAUUAGAACUAAUACUAUUGUGUCUGGUCAUACUGCCACCGGAGCUCUCUUGAAAGAAACUUUUAAUUAAAAAAAAAAGUCACUUUAUGGGUCCAUUAGUGGCUUAAUGCAGUUUUAAGACAAAAGAGUCAGGUUGGCAAAUUCUGAAUAUCUGUAUAUUUUAUUCUGCAAAAACGUAGGCGUUAUUAAGACAACUGUUUAUAAAUAUAAUCUGAUCAUAAUAUAAAAAUCUCUUUAAUUUAAAAUAUGCUUCUAUUUUAAUUAGGUUCUUUUAAGAAUAUAAUCUUCAUUCUCCAAACAAUCCAUAUCAUAUGUACAUAUGAUCAGUUAUUGGAUAAAGAGGCAGCAUACUAUGCUAGCCUCUUAUCCUGAUCAGUACAUAAACCAACAUUAAUGCAACCUACAGUUCAUGAAAGGUGAAUUAUACAAUAUAUUAGUAUUGUAUUUGAUGCAUUCAUUUUGCCAAAUUAUUCUUGAUAUUGCCAGUUUUGAUAUCAACUUGGAAAAUUUUAGUUCAAUUACAUCUAAAUACAAUGACAAAGCAAGUUGUGAAUAGUGACACAUCUUAGACCGUCAUUUUGGAAAUAAAUUUUCUAGGAUAUUAGGAACUUCAGAAACAAGACUCACUAGAUGCCUCCUUUCGUUGGAGAAAAGGGAAUGUAGGAUUUCCCUUCCCUCGUGUAUCUUAUACCAAAGGGGACUCUUUUCUCCAAAGCAGGGAUCAAUUUAAUUUAGCUUAAGUUGGUCCAAGGAGUUCACCAACUCCAUUUUGGCCUGUUAUAAUUCCUCCCCUCUCUCCUCCUGGCAGACGUCAUCACUGUUUACUCUGCUAGUGUGCAAUAUAUGCUGGUCCCUUUUCCACAAGCUGAGCACUUGAUACAACACUCCCGGCCAGCCUGGAGAGUGACAGUACCAGGCUCCCUGUGGAAUAAUUAGUCCUAGAUGCUUCACAAACCAUCCAGUUAGCUUAGGUGGUUUGCUGUUCUCCAAAUAACAGCAAUUCUUCCUCUGUUACAUGGCUAUCUUCAGUCUUGAGUGAUCUGUUCUAGGUGCACCUUUAGUGGCAUCUAGCUGGUUAUACUCCUCUAUUAGGUCUGACAAGGAUGAUAUGGCUUCGGAGAAACAGCUUUGCUCCAUCCCAUCAACGUGCAAGUAAUGGUGAAGGUGAGCCUAUAAGAAUAUACACAGAUUAACUAUGUCCUUUUCUGUGCACAAGGAGUCAGGUUAAUCUAGCUCAACAUACAUUAUUGUUUAGCCUGCCUUGAAAGGGAACAACAAGCACCAUCACAAAUAGAUUGAAAGACUGUCUGGAUUCACUAUAUCCUUUGCUGAAAUGCUACUUAGCAACUUCCUGCUGCAAUAUUCUGGGGCAUGCCCACACUACAGCUGCCACAGCGACACAACUACAGUGCCAUAGCUGUGCUGCUACAGACUUUUCCCUCAUCAAUGGAAGGGGUUUUUCCAUUGAUGUAGUUAAUCCACCUGUCUGAGAAGUAGUAGCUAGGUUGAUGGAAGAAUUCUUUCGUUGACCUAGCUGCAUCUGCACCAGGGGUUAGGUCAACCUAGCGACAGCACUCAGAGCAUGAAUUUUUUCACAGCCCUGAGUGAUCUAGAUAGGUUGAUCUAAUUCUCUUUAAGUGAGUAGGGAGGGGAUCUUGAACAAUACUGCCAGCCAGAUCAGUCACAUACCUCAUCCUCAUCCUGUCUUACUCUAAAUAAAGAUCAUGAAGACUUGUUCCUUUGUGAAAGGAUUUCCCAAUACAUAGUUAAGAAUCUUAGGCUCUGUCUACACUGCACCACAGUGUGGACUAUUAGGGGGUGUGAAUUGCAGAACAUACCAAAGAGUUGCACACACAAAGAGUUGGGAUGUUGCUGGCAUGAACUUAAGAAGUAUCUAGUUCACGUUAAUAUAGUCCUAAAAGUUAGGGAACAAACUUGUUUGGCCAGCAGCAUCCAUAUGGGGCAGUUAGUGCGAAACACUUUGGUACACUAUGCAAUUCAUGCCCCAAUAUUCCGCACAGUGUAGGCAAGCCUUUAGUGUCACUUCUGACCAAGCCCUGUAUAUUGAAAGCCGCAUGCCAGUUGCGGUUCAAAAAAUGUUUUUUCCAGUGUCGCAAGUUAUCGAGGUAGUAAUGGAAUGAAGGCAAUAAGUGCUUUAUUAUUGUAAUUCCUGAUUAGUAGAGUUUACAGCAGAGCUUCUCAACUAUUUGCCACUUUUCAGAAUGCAGCAGCAUUUUUACUCCUUGGUUUGACUGACUGUUGGCUGCUUCUGAAGUGGCAGGUGGUUCGCAAUGCUAUUAUUUUCAAAAGCCUUUAAGGGCUUAAAUCCUGGCUACUUUACAGACCGCAUCUUGAACCUUGGGCAAGGCCCUCAUCCAGCCCAUUUGUGACAGGCAAAAGGACCACAGCACAUAAAGAAGCCCUAAUAAUCCUGGUUCUGUCUGGGAAACACGGCCUCCCGUGACUUCCCUUGAAAGUUUUGGUGUAGUCUGGGGGUGGGUGGAGCAGUGCUGUAUGAUGCAGAAAUUCUGGGCAGCGCUGCAGUCCAUAGGAUAAUCUGGGGAAGCUGCUGUAAUUUAGACAAGCCCUCAGGGCUGCCUACAUUAUGCUGAGGGCCUCUCUGGCCCUUGGAGAAGCCCAGGAUUGGGAGGGCACAAUGAUGACUCCCCCAAGCUAGAAAGUCAGUGCUUAUAUUUAUCUACCACCAACCUUUAGAGGGCCCAUCAAAGCAGGCAGGCAGAUAAUUGUGGCUUUGUUGUGGUGCGCUGCGGUGUCUGGAAUUCACUGACAUUAGGGUUUAGCCUAGACUACACUUAAAAUGCAGCUAACUACAACCUAGCUACCUUGCUCAGGUAUAUGAAAAAUUCAAACCCGGAGCGCCAUUGUUAAGCUGAUUUAACUCCCCAGUGUAAAUGGAACUACAUUCAUAUAGCUGCUUGAGCACUGGGAGGUGGAUCAUUUAUAUUAAAAGAAAACCUCCUUCAGUCCACAUAGGAAGCAUCAACAGCUCUAGCACCUAUAGUGUAGGCAUGCCCUAAAGUUAAUCUUCCCACUUUUUAGGUUCCCUCUGAACUUCCAAAAAUGUUUUAGAACAGUGGUUCUCAACAAGGGGUACACAUAUCCCUGGGGUGUGCAGUGGUCUUCCAGGGGAGUGCAUCAACUCAUCUAGAUAUUUGCUGGUUUUACAACAGGCUACAUAAAAAGCACUAGUGAAGUCAGCAAAAACUAAAAUUUCAUACAGACAAUGACUUGUUUAUAGUGCUCUAUAUACUAUACACUGAAAUGUAAGUACAAUAUUUAUAUUCCAACUGAUUUAUUUUAUAAUUAUAUGGUAAAAAUGAAAAAGCAAGCAUUUUUUCAGUAAGUGUGCUGUGACACACUUGUAUUUUUAUGUCUGAUUUUGUAAGCAAGUAGUUUUUAAGUGAGGUGUAACUUGGGGGUACACAAGACAAGUCAGACUCCUGAAAGGGGCACAUUAGUCUGGAAAGGUUGAGAGCCACUGUUUUAGAAUAUCCUGUUAACCCAAUAUAGGUUUCUUUUCCUUUCAGUCUUUUUUUGGGUUAUCUGCCCAACUUAGUUUUAGUUGUUAACUUAAACAGGAUCUGCAUUUUAGCUAAGGCUGUAUGUUUGCCACAGCCAUGACUUUCAUGACAAACUGAAGUCUUAGUCUGUGUUACAUGACAGCUUCAUUGGAUUUUACAAGUUUGAUAUAAUGAGUUAGAGUAUUGGUGUUAAAAACUUAAAGGUUUUUAAACAAUUUUUGUUGGUCAAUAGCACAGGACUUAUAAUGACAAACAUUAAAAAAAAACCUAUGAGCUAUAACUUAGUAAACAUUUCUAUCUUUUGCUUUGACAAAGCUGCAGCUUUUCCAGUUUCUUUGUCAUGACAAACAGCCAGGCUUAAUUAAAGUGCUUUUAGGUAUAUUUAGAAGUGCUACACUUUUGUAGCAUGCUCUCAGCUAUACCGGUAGGGUGCAAUUCAAACAGAUGUGUUAUCAAGACACUCAUUCUGUUCGUAGAGGAAUACUAAUAAUAAUAAUAAAAAAAAAGUAACGCAUUGUUAUCAGAAAAGUAUUGGUUCCCAAUACUGCUUUGCAUUCGGAGUGCAAAGUCUAUUGUAUCUGUAUUAAAGCAAUAUCUUCUUUGUUACAACUUGCACUGAAAUUUGCUUUUCUCCACUUCUCAAAAAAAAAUUUUUGGAAGAGACUACUGCUACUUUAAAGUA